AUGUUAGAACAACUUUCGUUUAUAUUUUUUAACGACUCAUUGGUAUUGUAUAAUUUGACCAAUUAUGAUUUUCAAGAAUCAUCAUCAACAAUUUUUAUUUCAUCAAUACAUCCUUAUCCAUUACAAGUGAACAUAGCACUUGCUGUUAUUGGUACAUUUACAUCAUUACUAACUAUUAGUGGUAAUGUACUUGUACUUGUUUCAUUUUUCGUUGAUCGACAAAUUCGUCAACCGACAAAUUAUUUUAUAUUUUCAUUAGCUAUAAGUGAUUUUUUAAUUGGUUGCAUUUCAAUGCCUUUUUUAACAUUAGCUAUAUAUAAAAAUCAAUGGGUGCUGGGUUCGUUUUUAUGCGAUAUAUGGUUAUCAUUAGAUUAUACUAUAUGCUUAGCAUCUAUAUAUACGGUACUUUUAAUUACCAUUGAUCGUUUUUGUUCUGUUAAAAUUCCUGCUAAAUAUCGAAAUUGGAGAACGAAAAGACGAAUUAUAUUUUUGGUGCUUUUAACAUGGUUUGUACCUGCAUUGAUAUUUUUUAUUUCGACUAUGGGCUAUCCAUUAUACAGUAAAAAGCCAAAUUUAAGUACUUCUGAUCUUCAAUGCGAUGUACAAUGGAAUAAGAAUGCUUAUUUUAAUCUAGGCUAG